UUCCAGAUGAGGGAGCUACAAAUAGUUAGCAGCAGCUAGCCAGCGCGUCUUUCCCAGGAUAGUUUAUGGACAACAUCCGAAGUGUUAAAAACUAUCAGGAAGAAGAAGCUGUAACGCUAACACAAUAUAGGGGUUUGUUUUUUAUGUGUAAUAUUAAGUGACUUAGUUUGUAAAGGCAAGCUAAAGUUAGCAGGAAGCCAAUUGGUUCACUGUUUAUUAUUUAAUACUUUAGUGGAUCUUUCAACUUUACUCUUUGGUGGUGUGCAAAUCACCCACUAAAAUAAAGUGCAGGACAUCCAUAAACCUUCAUGUUUACUUUGACUGAUCCAUUUACUGAUCGCUCAUACAGGUGGAUCGUCACGUGCAAAACUGUCUAUAUAGUUUAUUAACUAAGCUGUGCCAUGCUGCGCUGACAGUGCACUACAUCUGUGGACAUUAAAGACUUUUGUGGAUUACAUUGUGAGUUUAUAAACUAUUCGCCAUGGCCAGUGCCUUAGCAGCGAAAAUGCGAUUGAACUCACUGAUGAGAAGACAAGCCAGGACCUUUAACGUGAGGAUCUGCACAAUGGAGUCAGACAUGGAGUUCAGCUGCGAGAUCAAGUGGAAAGGUAAAGACCUUUUUGACUUGGUGUGCCGGACUCUUGGACUGAGGGAGACCUGGUUUUUUGGACUCCGCUACAACAUCAAGGACACAGUUGCUUGGCUGAAAAUGGAAAAAAAGGUUCUGGAUCAGGAGGUACCAAAAGAGGAACCGAUCACACUUCAUUUCCUGGCCAAGUUUUACCCUGAAAACGCAGAAGAGGAGCUUGUGCAAGACAUCACACAGCACCUGUUCUUCCUACAGGUGAAGAAGAAGAUCCUGGAGGAGGAGAUUCACUGUCCACCCGAGGCCUCUGUGCUGCUGGCCUCCUACGCUGUCCAUGCCAAGUACGGAGACUACGACCCAAACUUACACAAACCUGGCUUCUUGGCGGAGGAGGAGCUUCUUCCAAAGAGGGUGAUCAACUUAUACCAGAUGACUGCAGAAAUGUGGGAGGAGAGGAUCGCUGCGUGUUAUGCAGAGCACCGGGGCAGGACGAGGGAUGAAGCUGAGAUGGAGUAUUUAAAAAUAGCUCAGGACCUGGACAUGUAUGGCAUCAACUACUUUUUAAUCAGGAAUAAAAAGGGAACAGAUCUCCUCCUGGGGGUGGACGCUCUGGGUCUGCACAUCUACGAGCCGGACAACAGGCUGACGCCCAAGUGCUCUUUCCCAUGGAACGAGAUACGUAAUAUCUCCUACAGUGACAAAGAGUUUACCAUCAAACCUCUUGACAAGAAAACCAACGUUUUCAAGUUCAACUCUUCUCGGCUCAGAGUCAACAAGUUGAUCCUCCAGCUGUGUAUAGGGAACCAUGACCUGUUCAUGCGCAGGCGGCGGGUCGACUCACUUGAAGUGCAGCAGAUGAAGGCUCAGGCCAGAGAGGAGAGGGCCAGGAAACAGGUGGAGAGGCAGCGUCUGCAGAGGGAGAAGCAGCUGAGAGAAGAGGCUGAGAGAGCCAGGGACGAGCUGGAGAGGAGGCUGAUUCAGCUGCAGGACGAGGCUCACAUGGCCAACGAGGCACUGCUGCGUUCAGAGCAGACGGCAGACCUGCUGGCUGAAAAGGCCCAGAUCGCGGAGGAGGAGGCCAAGCUGCUGGCCCAGAAAGCUGCUGAGGCUGAGACAGAGAUGCAGCGCAUCAAAGUGACUGCCAUCCGCGGCCAGGAGGAGCGGCGGCUCAUGGAGCAGAAGAUGCUGGAGGCAGAGAUGCUGGCCCUCAAGAUGGCCGAGGAAUCAGAAAGAAGGGCCAAGGAGGCCGAGCUGCUGAAACAAGAUCUGCAGGAAGCCAGGGAGUCAGAGCGGAGGGCCAAACACAAGCUGCUGGAGAUCACCACCAGAGCUGUCUACACGUCUCCUGGACUGCCGCCUGACAACAUGCCUCAAGACCUGAGCUUCAGCAGGGAGAACCUCAGCUUCGACUUUAAAGAUACGGACAUGAAACGCCUCUCCAUGGAGAUUGAGAAAGAGAAGGUGGAAUAUAUGGAGAAAAGCAAGCACCUGCAGGAGCAGCUGAAUGAGCUGAAGACAGAGAUCGAAAGUCUGAAGCUGAAAGAGAGAGAGACUCCUCUGGACAGAAUUCACAACCAGAACGCUGAGCAGGGGACCAGCAAGCAGAGCAACUUUAAAAAGCUAACACUACAGAGCACCAAGUCCAGGGUGGCCUUCUUUGAAGAACUCUAAACUGCACAGCUGCCUACAAACCUCAUGACUCUACAUUCCUGCUCAGUUUUAAACAACACAAGGCCUGAUCCUGAACUUCUUUGGAAUCAACCGUGAAACACUACAGACAAGAAAUGACCACUGCCUCGCUCUGCACCGACCCCAGAGGCCUUAUGGGAAUGCACAGACAAGUACAAAUAAUGCAUAAUGUUCCUGCACUGAAUCUUGGGAUUCAUGAAAAUAGAGUGUGUGUUUACAGUGAGACUGUGUGAAAUGCUGAACGCUCUCCUUGGAUAUUUUUGAAGUGAACUUGAGUGUGUUAUUUUUCAAUGAAAGUCAGAGAACAAAGGUGGAUGAUGCAGAGAGAGGAUGACUUUUGAUAACUUUGGUCUCACUGUAGCUCCAAUAAAAAUGUGUUUGUGGAAUUCA